UUGACUCGGGACGGACAGGUGUUUUUUCCGAGUCUGCGAGAGCAAUGCGUCAGCGUGACGUGCCGCACCAGCUUGUCGAAUCCGUUCGUAGAGGUAGCACAGCAUGGCAAGAGUGUCGUCCAAGCCGUCGUCGCUUCGUCUUCGGCUCACCGUCAUCUCGAGCGAUUAUACCCCCAGCUCUCUCUUUCUCUCUCUCUCUCUCUCUCGUAGAUCAGUCGAGUGUCCGUCUGACGUUGUCGAAGUGCGCGGACGGAGGUUCUCCGUGCACAUAAUGAGACGAUGUACCGAGCAACGCACCGCGCACGAAGCGACGACACACGCUUUCUCUCUCUUCUCCCUAAGCAUCGUUCGAGAAAGCCUCGCGAAUGCGAUCAAUUGUCCGUGACGGCUGUAUAGUACCGCUUGUUUGUUUGUCGAAUCAUCGUCGGCGACGUGAAGUAUUUAUUAUUUCCCGCGGGGCUCCGUGUGUGUUGCACGCGCGCCGCCUGUCAGUCAGUAUGUGCGUGUGUGCAUGACGAGUCCGCAUUGGCGUACGUACGUGUGCGUUAACUAUGAGUGUAGUUAGGUGUAAUGGUGGUGAGGGGUCAGUUGCGUGUUAGCGCGGCAGAUCUGCAAUGCGGCGUUGCCGUUGAGACCGUUGAUUCACAAAACCCUUCUUCCUACACUGAUUAUACUCCCGUGUGUCCGUGCGGCCGGUGAGCUUGCGCGGGUUGUGCGAGGACGGCACGGAGGGGGGCACAGCGCGGCGAAUGCGGCUGCAUACACGGCGUCUCAGACACACUCCUCCCGCCAAGUUCAUGACAGUGGAGUCGCGGAUCACGAGAGAAUGCAUUCCGAGAUCGCGUCCCGCAUGACCGUCUCAAUUGCCGGGAAUACGAGCACGUAGAGCAGAGUUUUCCCUCGUGCGAAGGGCAGGUGUAUCGCUCCUCUUAAAUAAUAAGCCGCGACCGACAGCGAGGAACAGCACGAAAUAACGCUGUUCGGCCCUCUCGCGCGCGGACUGCUACUUGUGCCCGACUCUACACCGGAAGCUGUGAAGUUUAUGCUCUUCAAAAGUGGUGCCUAAGCUCGUGAUUUCGUAAAAAGGGAGAGAAAAAGAAAAUUAUAUUAUAUAUAUUAGUGCCUACACACGUCUUGUACACACGUGCAAUAACGCGAGAGAGAGAGAGAGAGAGAAGAACACGUAGAACCGAGAUCUCUACCUGUACAUACGUGCGUUUUGGGAUACGAUUGCGAUGCUCGUUUACCACGCACCAAUCACGCCAAAGUAUCAAAGCAAAGCGCACAGAGCGAGCGAAGGAACGGAGGAGACUACGCGGUAAGACACGAUAGAAUUGCGAAAGUUCAGUAAUACGUUUCACCGGUUGGUAUGGUUGCCGCAUUAGGAGUCAAGUACGUAUGCGCUCGUUGUUGAGUCCGUACGUGGUACCCAUACCGUGAUAUCGGCCUGUUUCGCGUCCCCUCCCUCCCCCCGAAGUGUUCCGAUAGACUGAAACGUUUUACCGACGUUAGUAAUGUCGCGAUUAAUGCUGUGUAAUCUUGGCAAUACCUCGACAGCGGGAAAUGAUACGAACAACAACGCAAAUACAAACAGCAGUAUGGAGGACGACGAUUCUUAUCCACUGCCUACAAUUUAUCGCUGCCGUGCACCCAUAGCAAGUCUGGAUUGCAUGGAAGAGUUCAACGGCGGCGGAGGAGGCGGCGGCGGCGGCGGCGGCGGUGCAGACUCGGGCGUGCACUGCAGCAACACGACCGGAACAAAAGAGCAGCUACUAACUAGCUGCAUUGCCGCACAAGCGCAACGUUUGCAGCAUCCCUCGCCAGGUAUUCGCUACCGCAACUUGGGCAAAAGCGGUCUACGUGUUUCCAAUGUUGGAUUAGGAACAUGGACCACCUUCGGCGUGGGCGGCUGCGGCAGCGAGGAGACCGCGGAGGCCGUCGUAGCUCUCGCCUACGACAGCGGGAUUAAUGUAUUUGACUUGAGCGAGGCCCACAGCGGACACCGCGCUGAGAUCCAGUUCGGCCGGAUUUUGCUGAGGCGCGCCUGGAAUCGCUCCAGUUACGUAGUCACGACGAAAAUUUACUGGAACACCAAGACCGAGGGUCGCGGGCUAUCGCGGAAACACAUUAUCGAGUCCGUGCAAGCUUCGCUCGUCAGGCUGCAACUGUCGUACAUCGACAUUGUCAUGAUCCACAAAGUCGAUCCGAUGUGUCCGAUGGAAGAGAUAGUUCGUGCUAUGAAUUACGUCAUCAACAAAGGCUGGGUGAUGUAUUGGGGUACAUCGCGGUGGACGCCCGUGGAGAUCAUGGAAGCCUACUCAAACUGUCGGCAAUUCAAUUGUGUGACGCCGAUCGUCGAGCAAGCGGAGUAUCAUCUGUUUUACAGGGAGAAACCUGAACUCUAUAUGCCCGAAUUGUAUAACAAAAUUGGCGUCGGCUUGAUGGCAUGGUCCACUGUCACCAUUGGAAUGGUUUCCUCCAAGCCGGAAGAUUGCGGCGUAUCGUUCCUCUCGAGAUCCUCUUAUAAAAACAAAUACUCUUCGUUCAGUUGGACAGAAGAUGAAACUCAAUCUUUGUACAAGGAGGAAUACGCGUGGAAGGACAAAUCCGCCGACGAAGAGACCCGGAAAUACUCGGACAAAUUGCGGGACGUGUGCGCAUUGGCCGAAAGACUGGGAUGUUCUUUCGGGCAACUAGCCAUCGCGUGGUCUUUAAAGAAUGAAAGUGUUCAGUGCCUUCUGCUCGGUGCGUCCAAUAUAGAUCAACUGUACGAGAGUCUCCAAAGUUUGCAGCUUAUCCCAAAAUUGAACGCGAGCAUAAUGAGCGAAAUCGAGAGGAUCCUUGACAACAAACCGUCCCGACCGCCGAUGGUGUCCACCCUGGCGCUCAGAUGACAAUCGAUGUGCCCCCACGGCAGCGGUGGGGGCUCCCUGGAGGAGGCUGGCAGUCCGAAGAGCGAAGGCGGCAACAGCCAGGAUCAGGAGCAGACCAAGGAUGUGAACAAUAAGAUGCCAUUCUGCGAGAUACAGUGAAGAGCGCGACGACGGUCCAUUGUUCGCUCCGGUAGUGUCGAGCCCGAGGACCGACGCGACCGGACCCGCCCGCGUCUUCGCCUCCCCCUCCGAUUGGUCGCGGUGUACGUCGAGUGUACAUAUUACACAUCCGAGUCGAUGACAAUACUUACUAAUUACGAGUACAUCGGGCAACCUGUUUGCGACAUGUCCGAUGGCGAGGCACAGCCGCGGGUGACACUUCGCGCGCGCGAAUCGUCAACUCUUUCGCAUGUCAUCGUCGCGUCGCGUCACGCGUGGACACUCGUAGAUUAGGGAAGUCAAAGGCGAUUUCGCACUUCGGAAUCUCUCUCUCUCUCUCUUUCUCGCUCUCUCUCUCUCUUUCUAUCCAUCUAUCUCUCUCGUUAAACGGAAUCGCAUUAUCGCGCUUUAUCGAAAGCAUACACACACAUACAUACAGAAACACAUGACUGCUCCAAAAGCGAACCAUCCGUAAAAUCUCUCGGCUGCAGGCAUUCGUCGUCGAGGUUUUCAUUCGCGGUUCCAAGGUGUUCAUUAUUCUUAAUAAUUCUAUUUGCUACACGUACAAACAUACGUCCACCUACACACACACAUACACACUUAUAGCGAAAGAAAUUGGGAGUAUCUCGAGUGUCCACCGAAAAAAAAUACCAAGAUACACUCGUUCUGCCACUUUGGUCGAGUAAAGAGGGCGAUUUGUGGAUAAUCAACUCGGACGGUUAUAGCACGUUGUUAUUAUUACCUAAAACAAAAAUUACGUCAUAGGUCGUAGGAUUUGUCGAGGAGGAUGAUGAUAUUUAUCAGCUGCGUUGCGAGUACCCCAUCCGGUGUUUUCACGCCUAACGAUACACCAUCGUCUCAUUAACUCCGACAUUCGGAUUUUACACGCAUACUUCUUUCGCCAACAGCUGCCGCUUGGUUCCACGCUUCUCUCGCAUCUUGCCCGCCGACUUCGCUCGCUAUUCCCAUCUCCAGGUCGUCUCUACGUCUCGUUUUUAUCCAAUCAGCUUUUAGAUAUUCAGUUUAUUCGAGGAGAUUGAGAAGGGUAUUUUACAUUAGGAAACGCAAGGCGCUCAAAUUCUUUCAGCGGAUUUAUCACAGAGACACGCACACACGUCUCAUUUCCGGCUGGGGGAGUAAAUCACGAGCGAGAAUCGAGAAUCACUUUCCGGAGGAGCCACGAUGAUGUCGAUGAGCGAGUCCGUCGAGACGAAUCUAAACGACGGGGGAGAAUGAGUCGGUGAACGAGCGAGAGCCUUGAUGUUAAAUCAAAAUUCGAUUCAUUCAUCCGUCGCGUUAAUUUCUGCGGAUCGCUCUUUCGCAGCGCGUUUCACAUUCACCUUACAUUUUCACACGUUGAUGUUUCCCCGGAAUACGUUGCCGUGCGUCAAGCAUCUCCAAUCGCCGGCUCGGUCGAGCUCAGACAGUAAUUUACCAAACAAGGGCAUGCGAUGGAAUUAUACACACGUAGCAAGCGAAGAAUCUCCGAACAACCGGACACAAUGUGUAAAAAGUAUCUUUCUCUUCAAUAGACGACCGUUUCGUUAAAUGACCGUUCGUUCAUCGUCCACGAUUUCCGCUUUGUUCGCUUUAUUACCGUACAGCUGAAAUAGCAUCCCGAAGAGAGAAACUAUUUUGAGGGGGAGGGGGUAGUGAGAUGUAACUUACAAUUACAAUUUCGCGCGAAGGCGCUCCCUUCGUCGCGCGUAUUCGAAUUAUCUCGCGGUUCCAUCACGCACGAAGAAACAAAGAGAAAACGGAAGAAAAGGUGGAAAGUCAUCAUCGGCGGGAUGCACCGUCUUCACUUACUAAGCGCCGCUUUACCGGUCAUUUGAAACAUUGCUCAAGUAACGGUAGCUCGCGAGAGAAUCUCUCGCGCGUGUAAAAGUGACUUGAGAUGAAAUGAUCACGCACACGGGGGGUGCGUGUAAGCGUUGGAAAAGGAAAAACAACGUACUUUUUCUCGGCUGCGUAGCUCAUGGACGACUUUUCCGCCAAGGUUAGCGUCAGGGCGAACGAAAUCGAGCGAGUGGAAGAGAGCAGGUGUAAACCGACAGUGAUAUGCAGCCUCGUUCGUCGUCGAGAAGCGCUAUUUGCCAGAAUUAUAUUCCAUCCGCGACACUUUUUGCCGAAUGCGCGUUACUUUUCACGUGACAUCCUCCGCAUAAACGCGCGUUUCGCUCGUUUUUACGUGCGCGCGGAGAUUUCCGUCGCGCUAUCUCUCUUUCUCUCUCUCUCUCUCUCUCUCGCUCUGUCAGAGAUAUCAUCGCAUUCCAUACUCGAUUUUGUCAACCGGAUUAUCGAAGAUAAACGCGGGUUUCUCGGGAAUGCGCGCACGCGCGUCUUACUCGGAAACAAAAAAAAACACAGUGGAUAAUAUGGAAGCUGCCAGUACGCUUUUAUCGCGCAUACGAUUUUUUUUCGAGCCAGACCUCGACAUCGCGUCCGUCGAAACGUUGUAUAUAAAUACAUACAUAUAUAUAUAUGUAUUUAUAAAUACAUAUACCUAUAUAUAUAUAUAUAUAUAUAUAUAUAUAUAUAGGUACAGCGAUGUAGGUCCACACUGUAAAUAUUGGGAGCGAUAACGUUAUAGGAGAGAGUCUCAGUCGCGCUACGCGUAUUAAAAAAGAAACCAACAAUUAUCGCGCACAGUAAAUAAACCGCGCGAGCGUAGAAUUCGCGCGACAUUUAAUGCUUAUGAAUCGACAUGUAGCGAUCUCUACGGAGGGGGGAGAGGGACGUCGAGCGAUGAUCGCCAACAACGGCGGAUUGAUAUCAUUCAUUGUUUUUUACAUUUUCGAGUAUUUACGAGCCGCAGUGAACAACACGACGGCGAAGUACAGAGGAAUUGCUCCCCGUUGUCGACGUCGUCCGUUGCCUACAGUCGAUCGGAUCGUCGGUGGUGGUUUUUCAUUAGGACUAAUCGAGAGAAUUACGACAUAUACCUGAAGCGUGCCUGAAACUCAGCCCGUGCCUGAAACUCAGCUCGCGUAUAGUUUCAGUGGGGGGAAGGGGGGAAGAAAAGAACACAGCGAGAGGAACCGACGUGAAAUUGAAGGCCGCUAAACUUUAAAGGAAGUCUCUUGAUGGUCUUUUGAUCGUAAGUGUAGUCUCUCAAUUGGCAUAUCCGUUCGUUUAUUGUGUAUUACAAUCGAUAUCGCUUAAUAACUACCGAAAUAAGUUGAGAGCGACGAAUUAUAUUGCGAAAUCGGACACAUCGGAGAAUAAUUUCGCAUCUCCAAAGUCGAAUCGGUCAACGCGUUCCCGCGGGUUCUACGUUGCCACUUUACGUUAUAUUCGUUUGCGUGCAUUUCAACCAUGAUUCGUAUGGCCACAAUAGGAUGCCAAACACAAUUUCGGAUGGACGUGAUCGUAUCAAGCUACGUGACAAUUGAAAUAAGACACGGGCCAUAAAUCUCAGAACAUUCAAAAUUCACUGAUUUGCGGAGUAUUCGUUACAAUGAAUUUCUGAGAAAUACUUCAAGACGAACUGAUUGUGGUUCAUUUUUCGAGAAUCCUCCAGAUAUUCAUUUUUUUAAUUCCUUGCGUAUUCUUUAAAAUGAAUUCUCUAUGAACCUCUAUUCAUCUCUGUGCUGUCUGGAAAGAAAGUAAGAAUAUAACAUGCAUAACGGUUGUAUAACGUACAACAGUUACAUUGUUGAGUGGAAAAUUAUAAUAUUGUUGCAAUGUUAUUAUUAGCGUAUUGGUGUUUCACGUUGGGAUUAGGCCAAUUUUACUUUCAUUUGUUCUUCAGCUUUUAUAUUUCACCCACAAGAAACAUACAUGUCAACGGUCCAUCAUCCUGUUGAGCGAUAUAAAGGAUAAAAAUAUACUUUAACGCGUAACAAAGCUUACGUUGCUCUUCGGGGUCUAUAUAAGUCGCUGUAUUUAUAUCGUAUUUCUAACAUUCUGUGAUGCAAUUUAUUUAAAAAAGAAAGAACGUCCAAGGAAAACCACGUACGCAGCACGUCACCGUGGCCUAUUGCACACCCUCCAUCGCCUACUUACUCUUACUUGCUUACUUACCUUACUUGCUUACUUAUUUAACUUACUUACUGUCUGCCUGUUUAUUCUCGUAAAUAGGUAAAUACAUAGAUCUCGUUGACCGCCGCCGCCGCAUAGGCAACCUUAAUCCUUAAUGUGAUAGGAAGGAAGUACGGCAACGUAAAACAGCGCCAUAGAAAAGCAAUAUCCGAGUCGACGAGAAUAAAAAAAAGAGAGAAAAAAGAAAAAAAUAUUUCCGACACGCAAAGUCCUUCUAAUCGAGUACCGAGCAAAAAACGAAGUCGUCAUGAUAUAUUCUAUCUUGCCCGAUCAUUUCCGCGUUUUAGGAGCACGAGCCAGAUUCGGGCGAUGGCCGCGGGCAAGCGUCCGCCCGUCGAACUUAAAGGCAUCCUCUCUCUCUUUCUCUCUCUCGAUGCUGAAGAGUAAUAUCCCAAUGAUCAUUGGGGGAUAUCCGUACGGUCACUGGCGACAUCCUGAAUGACUAAGGGGACCAAUGUUGCGAUGGACAUCUCAUUAUUAUCGCUGAAUAUAUCCUCAAUGACCAUAAGGAAGGCCAUCGUCGCGACGAUUAUAUCGUUGUAUCGCUAUUUACGACUUAACACACGACCACAGUAAUCUCUCUCUCUCUCUCUUUCUCCCUCUCUCCUUCUUUCUUUCUCUACAAGAACACCGAAUCGAACAAAACGAAAAAAUCGAUGCGCGUAUAAUUGUUACCGCAAAGCGUAACGUACGCAUGUUAAAAAAAAAAGAGAAAAGAAACAAACACGUAAUGGGUGGAAACGAAUAUUUAAAAAUGUAGCUGAACUUUAAGGCGAACUCUCUCUCUCUCUCUCUCUCUCUUUAUAUCUUUCGUGUGUGAAUAUUUAAAAAACUGACAAGAAUCACUGGUUCGCACAGUUCGGUGUAAAUCGAUCGCUUCGUGCUCGCAAAACGCGGGAGGGAAUCGACAUCAAAUGAAAAAUGUCAUGCCGUCCGCUUGUAAAUAUAAAGGUGGCCGGUCGAGGCCGAUUUAUACUAUAGUACUUUAAGAAUUUUUGGGAUGGGCAAUCUUUAUACGAUAUCGAGAUCUACAUUUCGUUUGCAAUGUUUCCGGCAGCGGCACGCCUCUCCCCUUCGAGACUACGUACUUCGCCACAAAAGAGUCACGCGUUUCUUUAUAAUAGUACUAUAUAUGCGAAUUAAACUAAAUAUCUAAUAUAUAUAUAAAUAUAUAUAUAUAUAUAUAUUAUACGCUUUUUUCGACGAACGCGAUUGAAUGUUGCACGAAGGAAGGUGCGGAUGAUCGGUAGGUCGCGAUUGGUUCGCCCAUCCCAAUAAUAGACACUUCAAGAACACUUUUGCGUCUUCACGAUUUACGGCAUUAUAACAUCUAGUGUAUAAAUUAUAUAAUAAUUUUUAUAAUAAAAGAGCUAUAAAUUCGC